GUUUUGAUUUUACUAGAUUCUACAUAACCUCAAAAGAAGAUGCAAUAAAAACUUUAAAUUUUAAAUCCAUUUCAAAUAGAUAAAUAAGAGAGUUAAAAUGAAGAUUGCUGUUGAAGGAUGUGCUCAUGGCCAACUGGAAAAAAUAUAUGAUACAAUAAAAUGUUUAGAGGAAAAAGAAAAUAUAAAAAUUGACCUUUUAUUAUGCUGUGGGGACUUUCAAACCUCCAGAAAUGAAGAAGAUUUAACAUGCAUGGCAGUCCCUCCUAAGUAUUACGAUAUGUGCUCAUUUUAUAAAUAUUACAGUGGAGAAAAAACGGCUCCUAUUUUAACAAUUCUUAUUGGAGGUAAUCAUGAAGCAUCUAAUUACUUACAAGAAUUACCAUAUGGAGGAUGGGUGGCUCCUAAAAUAUACUAUAUGGGAUAUGCUGGAGUUGUGAAUGUUGCAGGCGUUAAGAUAGGAGGAAUUUCUGGAAUUUAUAAGUGUCAAGAUCUGAUGAAGGGUCAUCAUGAAAUAUGUCCUUAUGACAAUAGUACAAAGCGUAGUGUUUAUCAUGUUCGCAAUUUAGAAAUUUUUCGACUGAAACAAGUAACUAAGCCAAUAGAUAUAUUUUUAUCUCAUGAUUGGCCAACAAAUGUUACAGAUUUUGGAGAUAAAGAGCAACUUAUUCGAUUUAAACCUCACUUUAAGGAAGAUAUUGCUAUGAAAAAGUUAGGCAGUAAACCUUGUGAAGACCUUCUCAACACUCUUAAACCAAAAUUUUGGUUUUCCGGUCAUUUACAUUGCAAAUUUGCUGCAUUAAUCCCUCAUGAAAAUGAUAAAUAUACAAAAUUCUUGGCUCUUGAUAAAUGUUUACCAAAACGGAGGUUUCUCCAGGUUUUUGAUAUACCACAUGAUGAAGAGGAAGAAAUCAAAAUAAAGUAUGAUUUAGAAUGGCUGACAAUUCUCAUGACUACUAAUCAUUUACUCAGUACAACACAAAUGUCUAAUAUCAUACCAACACGAUAUAGCAAUGAAAGAUACUGUUUCAAACCACUUGAAGAAGAAAAAAAUAUAGUUCUAAGUAAGUUAGAAAAUGAUCUUACCGUACCUGAAAAUUUUGUACAAACAGCAAAGCCUUAUGUAAAUAACACAAACAAAGUGCAAUUGAAACAACCUGGUCCACUUCAAAAUCCUCAGACGACAUAUCUCUGUAAGUUGCUCAGUAUAGAUGAUCCAAUAGAGUUAAUUCUAAGAAAUAGUGGUGAGAGCUUCAGUGAAAGUAAUCUAAGUUUGAAGACAAAUGAUUCUAGUGUACUUAAUAGUGAUAAUAAUUCAGAAGAAAUGAUUGAAGAACCGAGUUUUAUAAAUGACACGGUGGAGGAGGAUAGCUCCUUGUCUGACUCGAAGAUAUCCAGGUCUACUCUCAGUUUACCAGAACCUAAAAAUAAUUCUCAGGAUUUAUUUUUUAUUGAUACAGAACCAUCUUCUCGUGAAAAUUCAUCGAAGAGAAAGAGUGAUGAUGAAAACAGUGUUAUGGAGAGUGAAAAUGUGGCUUUGAAUAAUUCCAAUCCGAAAAAAUUCAAACGGAGGAACUUUAAUAUAUACAGUAAUGAACAUAAUUCAUAGUGUUCAAGUGUUUGAAUCACUUAGGGUUUUUGAUUUAUUUUAAAAUUUUUAUGAAAUAUUAUAAAGAUGGAGUCAUUUUUUGAGCAAUUUUUUUUUAAACAUAAAUUUUUUUUUGUAAUUGUGGGGUGCCAUAUUUCAAUCAAAAAUUUUUCAAAUACCCUAAGCGAUUCCAGUUGUAUUGAAAAUGAACAGUGCGUUUAGUGUAGUUAGUGAUAAAUCUUUCAGAUUGUUGAUUAUAUAUUUUAUACAUUUUCUACAAUUUUAUAUAUGAAAUUAGGUAAUUUUAAACCUUUAAUGAAUAUGUAGUUGUUCACAAUAUCUUGACAAGGUAGAGCAAUCUUAUUCUCAAUAAAUAAUUUAUUUUUAA